GGAUUGAGCGUCCUGUCGGUGACACGGAAAACAAACAGAAGACGACGGUUUGAUUCGUUUCGUUUGUUUCACUUUACUGUAAAAUUUGUUCCGGUUUGGUGUGAAGAUGGAUUUAGACUCCAUGAGAUAUGCGGACCUGAGGCAGCUCGCCAAGAGCGUUGGGUUAAAAGCCAACAUGAAGGCUGAUAAGAUGCUGAAGACGCUGAAACUGCAUUUUGAACAACAGAGCUGUGUGAAUGGUAACCAGGUCACCUCGGAUGACGUGCAAAUCUCAGAGGAGGCAGCAGUCGAACCCAAACCUGCAAACGACACACUGGUGACCAAACGUCGUGUAAAAAAACAGAAGAGGAAAGACUCUGGAGACGGAGCUGAUGAGAAUUCCAAACCGGCAGAGAGUCCAGUUCAGGAUGACACACAGCUGCCUGGAGAGGAGGAGGAGGAGGACGGAGGCGGUAAACCGAGCUACAAGAGGAGGAAGGUGUCCUCGGUUAAGGACAUGAAGCCUCCAGCUCCUGAAAUGAAACCUGAAUCUUCUGCUGAUGAUUAUGUCGCUGAGGGCCAGAAAGAUGUGGUUAAGAAGACUUCUGGGAAGAUUCCCCGUCACAAGGGUCUGAUGAAGAAGAAAUCUGCUCUGAGGCUGACCACACCGAAUUUCAAGAAACUCCAUGAAGCACAUUUCAGCAAGAUGGAGUCCAUCGAUUCCUACGUCCAGAGGAGGAACAAGCAGAUGGAGGUGCUAAAGGACACAGUGAACGACCUGAAGUCUCAGUCAGAAAACACCAAGAAAACUGAGGACACAGAAACUCAUGCAACUCCGGCGGUCAGCCGAGCCUCGCUGUUCAGCCCGGGAGUGCCGGUAAAGAAAGUGGAGAAGUACAAGGUCACUCAGGCUCCCACUAACAAGCCAGUGAAGAAGGACAGCGCCCCCUUUAGGCCUGCCAUAUUCUCAGCCAACAAAAUCAAUGUCAGGUUCUCACAAACGACGAUGGACAAUGAGCACAAGCGCUCCCUGGUGAAGACUCCGGCCUGCAUGUCUGCCAUGUCUCCUCUCACACCCACUCCGGGCAGGAAGUCUGAAGUGCACGCAAACAAGAACGCUGCUCCUGUCAACAAAACUCCAGGAGUGACUCCGUUUGUCUUCAGCGGGGCUUCAGGCACUCCAGGGACCAACAAGAAAAAUGCUUUCGAUCUGAAAGCGAGCCUCUCUCGUCCACUCGCAUAUAAACCUCAUAAAGGAAAACUGAAGCCUUUCGGAGCGACGCAUGAAAACACAGCGCUGAACAAAUCUCAAACGAUUUCUUCUCACCAGAAAAACUACAAACAACACCAAGUGCAGACACGAGAUGAGCGGCGUGAGGAGCACAAGAAGGUCCGGAAGCAGAACAAGGAGAAGACGCUGGGUUCCAGACGUGGACUGGUUAUGGCGUAACGUUCCUGCUUUAUUUUCAAAUGAGAUUUAGACUGUAGCUUCAUGCACCUUUUUUAUUAUUAAGCUUGUGUCUGUUUUUCAGUGUUCAAAGAAUGUUUUUUAAAUCUUGUUAAAAUCCCCCCCCCCAUUAAUUUCAGUAACAACUGUUGUAGACUAUAAUACUGAGUUUACUUGAUAUUAAAUAAAUGGGUUUUUGUCGUCA